AUGAGCUACUACGGCAGCUACUACGGAGGCCUGGGCUAUGGCUAUGGAGGCUUUGGUGGCCUGGGCUGUGGCUAUGGCUGUAGAUGUGGCAGCUUCCGUGGACUGGGCUAUGGGUGUGGCUACGGAAGCUACGGAUGUGGCUGCUACCGCCCCUGUUAUUAUGGAAGCUACGGGUAUGGCUGCUGCCGCCCAUCAUGCUAUGGAGGAUAUGGAUUCUCCCGCUGCUACUAA